AUGAAGGUGAUGGUGACGGGGGCAUCCGGGUACCUGGGCGGGCAUCUAUGCGCAGCACUGCUGAAGGAAGGCUACACAGUGCGAGCCUUCGUCCGACGGAGCAGCGACCUUAGCCACCUCCCCACGCCGCGGCCCGCCGGCGGCGCCACCAGCGACAGCGCCGGCGGAGAGCUGGAGUUGGCCUUUGGGGACGUGACGGAUCUGCCGUCGCUGCAGGAGGCCUGCGCCGGCUGCGAGGUCCUCGUACACAGCGCCGCCAUCGUCGAGUCCUGGAUCCCCGACCUCUCCCAGUUCCACUCAGUGAGUGCACCUUUCGUCCUCCCCUAUCCUUCUGUUCCCUUCCCCUGGUGAUCUCCUCGCAGUAGCAGUCUUCUUCUUUCCUCACCGCUCUAUCAGAUGAAGAUCUUUGAUGUUCAGCGUGCUGAUUUCAUGGCCAGGCCAGAUCCAUCUUAUUUUCCUAUGACAUGUAAGGAAGUUAACCUUCCGAACCAUAAAUUCUUCAUACCAAUGUUUUUGUUGUUGGUUGAUUAUUCUUCCCUAUCAUUACUUUCAGUCAUAGGGAUCCAGGGGGAAACAUUACAUUAGUCAUUGUAGACUUUUGCUCCAAGAUGAUGCUACUCUCUCUCUCUCUCUCUCUCUCUAUCUAUCUCUCUACCUAUCUACCCAUCUACCUCUAUUUCACAAUCUAUCUCAUUUGCCUAUCUACUCGCUUUUAUCUCUAUCUAUCAAUCUUUCUACCAAUCUACCCAUAUAGCUAUCUAUCAUAACUAUCUAUCUAUCUAUCUACCCACCAACCUACCCACCAACCUACCUAUCACAUAAUAUCUGUAAGAACCAAGUUCCACAUGGGACAAGCAAGUUCCAAACUAAGAAAAACGUCUUGCUCUUUUUGUAUUAGGUGAAUGUGGGAGGAUUAGAGAAUGUUCUGGAAGCUUACCGAAGGACAGAGACUUUACAGAAGAUAAUAUACACGUCAUCUUUUUUUGCUCUGGGCCCCACCAAUGGACAAGUAGCAGAUGAAAACCAGGUAUGUAAUAAAAUUAUCAUUUAUUAUUUUUAUUCCUCACUUUGGGCCUCCUAGGCUGUCUUGGAUAUUGAGAAAAAUAAAAUAAAAUAAAAUCAAUAAUUGGAAUUCUUAAAAUUAAAAAUAAGUGAUAGACAUUUCAAGAAGAUGUUCCUAAUAAUCCAAAGAAGAAAUCUCAUAAUUGUUUAUCCAACGACCAUGCUUAAAACUAAUUAUAAACAAAAAAAAUAAAUCACCUCACUCUUCUUGGAGCAUUAAUCACCUCUUAUCCUUCUUCCUUGUCUCAAUAUCAGAAAUCAUUUUUUAUGAAUUUCCUGAAAUGGACAGGUACAUCCUGAGAAGUCCUUCUGCACCGAGUACGAAAAGUCCAAGACCAGUGCAGAUAAGAUAGCCCAUCAAGCUGCAUUGGAAGGGAUUCCAAUAGUUAUUAUGUGCCCAGGGGUCAUCUAUGGCCCAGGGAAAAUCACCGGUGGAAACACUAUUGCCAAUCUGGUGCGAGCCUUUAAAUCCUCUCUCUCAUGUCAAUUUUAUAAUUUUUGAAACUAAUUUGGCACUAAGAUCAAAAAUUUUGUCUGUGCCAUUUUUUUCUUGAAUAAAAAAAUUAUGAAAAAUAUCUGAGCUAAACCAUUCUAGCUAAUUAUUGGGGGAAUAGCACACAUGUUUUGCCGAGGGCAUUAUUUUGUUAUUGUUAUCAUUUAAUUAUAAGUAAAUAGUGAAUUUUUACAGCUCCUCUUGGGAAAAUGGCAUCUACUUUGUCUAACAUUGUGCUGAUUAGCACGUCCCCUACUUGUUCCAGCUAAUUGAAUGCUUCCGUGGGCGCAUGUGCUAGGAAAAUAUGGGUGGAAACAUAGUUGCCCACAUGGUAUAAACCCUCUCACGUCAUUCAUACAAGAAGCUAUGGAACUAAUUUGGCACCAAGAUCCAAACUUUGUGCGUGGGCAUCUUUUUCCUUGAAUAAAAAAUAACUGCAAAAUAUCUACCCAAAACACCCCAUUGCGUGAUAACUCAACCCAUUCGAGAGUAUUAUUUAUCAAGGGCAUCAAUUAUUUAUUUUUAUCAUUAAAUCUCUAGUAAAGUUUGUUGUUUUAUAUGAUAAUCACACCGUUGAUGGCUCCAGCUGAUCGAACGCUUCAAUGGGCGCCUACCUGGGUACAUAGGCGAUAGCAAGGACAAAUUCUCAUUCUCUCAUGUUGAGGAUGUGGCUGCGGGCCAUGUGGCGGCCAUCCGCAAGGGCCGCAUUGGCCAGAAGUACCUACUCGCUGGAGAAAAUGGGUCCCUAAAUCUAACAUGUGAUCUAGCGGCAGCCAUCACCAAAACAAGGAAGCCUACGGUUCACAUUCCUCUUUGGUUGUUGUACAUCUACGGUUGGUUGUCGGUCAUUUAUGCCCGCCUUACAGGAAAACCCCCUACCAUCAGCUACCCUGUGAGUUCUCUACUCCCACACCCCCUCCUAAAAAAAUUGGGCUUAAUAAAUCUAUUUGUUGGUAUCCAUGGUCCUCUCUGCUUCAAAUUAAGUUACAUUUCGUUCCAUAAGUGAUAUAUCAUUCUGGUAAUGCAUCAUACUAUGUCCACAUGGUAGCACAUUGGGCUAUGUCAUUUUGCUAUGUUGAUCUUUGGGUUUAUGAAAUAGUGAUAUAGAGGAAUUAUACCUAUUUUUUGACAAACCAUGGUCUUGUAUGCUUUAAAUUUUGUGAUAUUUACUUAUAUAAAUGUUGUGUCAUCAUGUUAACACAUUGUGCUAUGCUAUGCGCUAUGUCAAGUUUUGGGUUUUCGAAAUAUUAAUUAUGAAUAAUAUUUAUUUAUUAAUAGUGGUCCUAUCUGCUUCAAAUUUGUUGACAUUUAUUUCUAUAAAUGCUAUGCCUUUAUGUUUACACAUUAUACUAUGGCAUAUGCUAAAACAUUGUACUAUGUCAUUAUGUCAAUAUGAUAUUUAAUCAUGAAUACUUAUACAUCCAUUUAUUAUUAAACAUGGCCUGUUCUGCCUCAGAUUUGGUAGAAUUAAAAAAAAAAAAAAGUGAGAUGGCAUUAUGCUAACACAGAUGACCGCUGAGGUGAUUUGAACUUUUAGUUUCAAAUUUGACAUAGCACUUACAGAAAUACUUCAAUAAGAGAUGGGUCGACAGGUGGUGAGUCAAUUUGAAAUUUUAGUUUCUGAUCAUGGGAUUGUUUAAAAGUCUCAUUUGUGCAUGAUCAUGACUACAAACACCAGAUCAGGUGCCAAAAGCCCAAGAAUAACCACAAGCAUUAGAUCAUGUUAAAGUAUUGAUACGUCAUAUUUAAGAAUAGUUUAGUGAUGUUUAAAGAAAAUACUUGCAUUAUUGUUCUAGUAACUUUAUUUCAACAAUGAUAUGGAGCUAUAUUUUCCGAUAAUGUAUCCUAAUCCGUACUUUUAUUGGUUUGUAGGCUGUGAAGGUGGUGAGGCGCCAGUGGGCAUACUCCAAUGCUAAGGCCCGGGAAGAUCUGGGCUACUCUCCCAGACCCUUGGAUGAGGGCAUGGAGGAGGUCCUUCCAUGGCUAAAGGGCUUGGGUCUUAUAAAGUACUAG